ACAGAAAGGCAGGAAAUGCUUUUAAUUAGAUAUAAUCUUACCAAUAAUUAUUGCUUUAUAAAAUACUGUAGGUAUAAACCUGCUCCUGAAGACAAACUGUUGAAGGCAUUUGAGGUUUUGGAUAGUGAUCGGAAAGGGCAUCUCACUGCAGAGGACAUUACAAAGUAUAUGACUGAAGAGGGAGAGCCCUUUACACAAGAAGAAUUGGAAGAGAUGUUAUCAGCAGCAGUUGAUCCUGAUAAAGGUGUCAUCUUGUACAGGGACUACGCUUCCUUGAUGUCAGUGGAUGAAACAGCAUGAGCUUCAUGGAGUUACUGUAAUUAUUUCAUUUCACAAUAGCGCCCUCUACCCAUGGCGGAUUGUAAUUCAGUACUGUUUUAGUAAGAUGCUCUCUAGGUUCUUUACCGCAGUAUGUGAAUGUAUCUUUAAGAAUGGAUAUUGGUGCACUAUUUUUAUUAAUAUUUUUAAUACCUGUACCACGAAAAUAUUAAUUCUAAAUAUAUUAGUAUAUUGUACUUUAUAUGUAAAUAUGUAUAUACUAAAUCUUCUUAGAUUUAAUAAAGAAUAUUUAAUAUCAAAUUCUUACUUGUGGAAUUCUAUAAAUGAGUUUUAUCAAAGAACUUAAAUAGCAGAAGAAUGAGAUGUUCUGCGUAUUUGCAUUAAAAUUGAUGGAACACCCGCCCUCCUGGUAAAAAUUGACACCAUUGGACUAAGUGCAGAAACUACAGGAAACAAAUGAACCCGAGCGGCACCUUCAUCAUCAUCAUCAUUUAUUUAAGUCAGUUUUCUUCCCUCUUCCAAGGGGUUACUGACUGUCACUCGUUCCAUGCAGCUACACUAUCUUUCCACUUCUUCCUGUCUUGUGCAUCAUACUCCUCCAAACCAAUUUUUGCACUUUCUUUCUUCACCAUAUCUUUCUACGUCACCUUUGGCCGCCCCCUUACUCUUCUACCUUC